AUGUAUCGGAAAUACUACCGCCACGCAGACUCGGAUACCGAUUCGGAAGAGGAGUUCUAUCACCGUAUCCACCGUCGACCCCGUGAAAAGGUUGUCGUUGAAGAGAAAAGGCGGCCGCGUUCUGCAUCUGUCGCCAAUCCAUACCGUGGGGGCGAUGCUCAGAUAUACAUUGAUAUCAAGAAUGACCUGCAAGAAAACACUAAGCUAGCCCCCCCACAGGUGCCAGUCGGUCGGGCAAGAUCUGCUUCCCAGCGACGGCCUGUAUUGGCUGAUGCACUGAGUGACCUAGAGGAUGACAUUAUUCGUCAUGAGCGCAGGGCUAUUCGCCGACUGGAACGCGAAGAACCAUCUCGAAGAGCCGAAAUCGAAGCUGAGAUUCGCCUGGAGAGAAUCAGACAGCGAGAACGGGAACUAGAUGAAAUGAGAAAGGAAGAGGAUCGCAUGCGUCGUGAAGACCGCAUCCGUCGCGAGGAACGUGAACGCAUUGAGGCGAGCAAGGGCAGUGGAAACGCUUCUGCUCAGCCUCAGCCACAGACUCAGCCACAGCCUCGACAAGAGACCGAACUGGAACGAGAGAUUCGUAUUGCCAAAGAAGAGGAAAUCCGGAGUCUAAGGCGAUGGCGGAAAUUGCAGGAAUAUAUGGAGAUGCAAGAGAUGGGACGGUUAGAGAAACGGCCUGAGCGUGAUGAUCACCCCUUGACCCGACGAGAUAUUGAAAAAGAGAUACAAUUUGAAAGGCUCAAGAAAAUGGAAAAUGCUCUCCUUAUUGAGCGAAUGAAAGUCCUGGAAAAGGAGCGUGAGGAAAAGGAGCGCGAGAGGAAAAUUCGAGAGAAAGUACAGGCUGAAAUUGCCCAGAAGGAGAAGGACGAAAUGGAGCGAUUGCAGAAGGAGGCCAAACUAAAAGCCAGUGCCAUUGAGGAGUACAAGAAGAAGGAGGCUGAGAGGUUGGCGAAGCAAAAAGAAGAAGCAGAGAAGGCCAAGAAGGAAUUCAACGACAAGGUAAACCAGUUGUUAGGCAGUGCUGGUUUCUCCGAGGACAAGAUUACUGCCAUCAUGCAAGGCAAGUCACUCAAGGAAAUGGAGCUUGUCCAUGUUGAAAAACAUGUCCACCACGGAAAGCACAGGCAAAUAGAAGACGAAGAGGCAUUUGUUAAGGUUCAUCGCCGCUAUCUCGAACCUCGAACUCUUGAUGCGUUUAGUCUGAUUUGGGAAUUUGAUCCUAACGAUGCAGAUUACAUGCUUAUCUACCAUUCUCUCAGUCAAGAGGAGCAGGACAGACUCUUUGACCAUACCCGCAAAUUACGUGGACAGCGUACUCUGACUGCUUCUCCUCACAACGGUCCUGUAACCGUUGAAAUGAAGGUCAAUGACAAGAAGAGAGAUGGCUUAUACCUUGUUAGGAAGAAACAGGACCGGAGGAGCCUAUUUUGGUAG